AUGCUAAUGUUGGAAGUUACCCAGGACAUUCUAAAAGAUCCUUCCGUUGUAUCAACCAAGGACAAAUUCUAUUUGGUUCCCCAGUUCAGUGGCAUUGUUGGUGGCAUGCCUCAGCUUUCAUAUGCCCCAAAUCUAUAUGAUGGGAAUCCUGGUCAGGGAUCAUUGGUGACAUCAGUUGGUAACCGGCCGGCCAGGCUAGUGCUCAAACAGCAGGGAGUUCAGCUUGGAGAAAAACAGCAGCAGCAAUCAGAAUUGGAGCAACAACUUCAGUCAUUCUGGGCAAACCAGCGCCAAGAGAUUGAGAGGCUUGCUGGCAUCAAGAGUCAUAACAGUCUUCCCUAUGCAAGGAUGAAGAAGAUUAUGAAGGCUGCUGAAGAUGCAACAAUGGUAUCAGCUGAGGCACCAAUUGUCUUUGCCAAGGCCUGUGUUUGGGAGCCUGGAAUCAAGCUCAGGAAACCAAAAGAAAGACGAUUCAAAAGAAUGAUAUUGCUUGCUGCAGCAGUUGCAAGAGCACAAUGA